AUGAACUCCCUGCUCCAGGUCCUGGUGGAUGAAGGAGCCAAGGGUGUGAAGAAGGCAAACUUCCACCGGGUGCGAAUCCACGUUGGCAUGGCCCGCGAAAAGGCCAAGGAUCAGAAAAGACGGAAAGCUCGAGAAGCUAGAGAGAAGGAAAUCGAAGAAAUGAAGGAAGCUUUCAAGACAAAGGCCAAUCCACGCUCUUCCGAACUUCCUCUGCCGGAAAGCAGUGCUUCGAAAGGUGUGGAGACUGCCGGUGGCCCAGACGGGGGGUGGCCUCAUAGAUCCAAGCAGGAGGACUCCGAAGAGGUGUGCACAUUGCUGGACAACAUUGCCCGGGCCCCCGAGAAUGAGAAGUUUCGGCAAAUCCGAAAGAGGAAUCCUACCAUCGCCCGGCUCCUCGGCGUUGAGGAGGAGGGCGUGCUGCGAAGCGCCGGAUUCGAGGAUGGCCCAGAAGAGACCUUAGUGUGCCUGGGGGCCACUCCCGAGCUUCCGGAGGUCCUCAAAGCUGCAGCUGUCAUUCGGGACACCUUGAGGCAGAAGGAGGCUGAGUUGGGAGGCGAAGGCGCCGGCGCGCUGCUCUGCUGUGAUAGCCGCGUGGCGCAAGCAAUCGAGUGUGCCGUGCUGGAUUACGCCGCGCAGCGGUCGGCCGACAUGGCCGAGGCAGAGAAGAAGCGGAGAAAAGUUGAUGAGGCCGAUGGCCUACGCUCGCCCACAAGGUGGAGAGAAACCCUCGCUCAUGCAGGUGGAGGCUUUCUCUGCGAUGGCGGGAUGCUCGAGGCAUGGCUGGACGAGGCCUCUGCCAACCGCUCCCUGGCCUUCGAACUGCUUCAGUUACAGGACAAGGCCAUGCGCUGGUACGCCACGGGAGCCCGAAGGCAUUGCGAGUCCUUCAGAGGACGGCUCCUGGAUGCUGCGAAGACCUUGCAGGAUACGAAGCUGCGCCGGGCUAAGCGGACCUGCCAUUGGGUCACGAGGGUGCAGGGAAGGAGGACCACUGAAACACCGCGACAAGAGCGUCACAGCCAGGGCUGGCGAGUCUCUUUUCAUGUUGCAUCGACUGGCCUUUGCAGAAUCAUGUGUCGCCGGCUGCAGACGGCCUUCAACGACACGAUCUGGCCCGAAAGGGACGAUGGCACCAUACCUCUGCCGGAUGGCUUAUUCUCGGGCCAGGCAGAGAAGAAGCAGAAACACGCCGAGGAGGUAGUCGACUGGGCUCAGAUUCCCCGCCAGGAUUGGCUUGAGUUCACGAGCGAGCCAGAAACCAUCGCUCAUACCGAUCUGCUGUCAUCGGAUUGGGUACAAAAGACCGAGGAGUGCAGAGAGCACGACUUGGACCCUGAGGGCGAGGCCGCAUUCUACCACCCCUCCUUCCGGUUUAAGCAGCCGGCCUUUGCAGUGCAUAUUCAGCUUUUAGAGAAAAGGAAAGGCAAACCACAGCAGAAGAUCUGGGAUGUGAUCUAUGCUGGCGGGGCGGGUGCUGACAACGAGAUCGUCCGCUCUGCCACACCGAACGGCGGUUCGCAUCCACUCUUCCGGCAGUUCUGCCAGCCUUUGUCCGAGGAGACCCGCUACGAGCUGCAUGUUACGGACGUGACCAGGAACAGGAAAGGGAAGCCCAAGAGAAGCUUCGACGAGAUCCUGGAGCUUCGGCCAAAACCGGAUCUUCCGCGCAGCUUCCACUUGAAGAAGGGUAUGAAAGUGCCGAAGAAGUUCUCUUUUGACUACUGGCUCCGAAAGGAGAAGAAGGAGCAGGAUCGAGAGAAGAAGCUGAAUUUCCUGAUGCAGGGCCUUGCCUGGAGUCCUCGAAGGCCACUGACAGUGGCAAAGAAGAACUUUCCAGAUGGCCCCAUUGACUUCUCCCCAUGGACGAUCGACCCAGAGACUGGUGAGCGGGUGCUGAAGCCGCUGAUCACGGAAGAGCUGGCACAGCUCCGCGAGGCUUGGGACAUCUCACGCCUCUUCAGACAGAGCCACGCUGUUCCAAACUGCAUAGCUGCGAAGAACUCGCAGAUUGUUUGUUGUUGGUUUGGAGGGCUCACGGGUUUUGAAGGGCUCUGUGCAACUCAUCUAGCUUUCGCUUUUAGAGUGGGAGAGGCAACAAGUCGAGAUCAGGGCCGCACCUCACGAAAAUCCCGAGCAUGA